GAUCAAGAUUAUCAUUGGAAGAAAAACGUAAUAUAGUUAUCGCAAAACGUUUAUGCUGGAACUGUUUCGACGUGGGACAUCCAAGUAGAUUUUGCAAGAUGGAACAAAUUUGUGGAUUAUGCAAUGGCAAACAUAACAGAAUGUUCUGUUUACAACAAAAUCAACAAUUUAGUCAAUCACAAAACAAUCAAAUGCAACAAAAUCAACGAUUUAAUCAAUCGCAAAACAAUCAAAUGCAACAACAACAAAGAAUUGGCUAUGAACGACAGAGGAAAAUGAUAACACCAACGAUUUAUUAUGGACAAAACAAUAUUCUUCCUAUAGAAUAUAAAGAAACAAAACAAAAUAAUGAUAAGAAGAAAGAACAAACUGAGGAAGAAGAAAUGCAAAAUUUUAUGAUGAAAUUACCAAUCGAAAGUAAAUCAGAGGAAAAUUAUACGGAAAUAAAUACUGAACAAUCAUGGAAUAAUAUAAUGGAAAAAGAGGCUCUGAUGACCAUGUUGGAAAAUGAAAAACUAACUCCCCCAUUGAAGAUAUUAACGGAAAUUGAAGGACAAAAAGUUUUCUGCAUAUUAGAUACAGGAGCUAAUAUCAACAUAAUUACUAGAGACAUCUGUAAUUCCAUGGGACUCAAACUACAGAAAAUAAAAAUAGAGAAAGUACAAACAAUUGGAUCGGGGGUUUCAGUAGAUCAAAUUUGCGAAACAACAAUAAAAAUUGGAAAUAUCAGAAAAAAAAUUAAACUAUUCGUUACAGACCAUCCUAAAAAUAUGAUAUUGCUUGGAAGGAAAAUAAUAAUAGAAUUCAACUUAAUAAUGGAAGCAGAUACCAAUACUAAUGAAAUUAAAAUUUAUCAAAAGAACAUUAAAGAAAAAAAAUUAAUAAAUAAUAAUUUAAUUGAAAAAUAUCAUCAUAUUUUUGCAGUAAACAAAAAUGAUAUCGGCUGUAUUCAAGGAGAAAUGGCAAAAAUUAUUCUUACAAAUGAAACACCAAUCACAUGUCGCCCUUAUCGUUGUACGGAAGAAGAACAAAUAAAAAUAGACAAUGAAAUAAACAGAUUGUUAAAAAUU